AUUGAGGUUGAUGUGAAUUGAAUUAUGUAUUAUUUCAUGAUUAUUUCAUACAGUUUUAUAACCUUAAAUAACUUUCAAAUAUGAGUUCUAAAGCAGCAAAAGUUGCAGAGCUUUUUACCAAAACCAUUGCUACAACAAAAUGCUUUGAUCAACACUUGAGAAAGGUGAAGGUUUUAUGCUGUGAUAGUGGCCGAAUGGUGUGUCAGUUUCAAGUUGGCCCAGAACAUCUGAACCAACGUGGUACAUUGCAUGGAGGAUUUAUUGCUCAUCUGGUAGAUGCUGUAUCAACAUAUGCUCUAACUGCUAACGAAAAUGUUGAAACUAGAGGAGUUUCUGUUGAUCUCAGUGUGAGUUAUAUGAAUGCCGCCAAAGAAGGUGAUAAUGUUGAAGUGGAAGCGGUCACUAGAAAACUUGGUAAAAAAAUUGCCUUCCUUGAAGUAGAAGUAAGAAAUAAAGAUAAAAAUCAACUGUUAGCUACUGGAAGACAUACGAAGUAUGUAGGAAUUUAAACAAUUACCACAUAGUAAAAUGGAAUUGUAUUUUAUUUAUUGUAAUUUAUUUAAGUAUAAAAAAUAAUUUUUAGUACAAAUACAAUGUUAUUAUUUAAUAACAUGGAUUUGAUUUCACAUAUUUUAUAUCUCUGAAUAUACUAUUGUCAUAUCUACUUUUAUCUCAAAUGAAUUGUGUAAGUAUGAAUUUUACUUUAUUUCUCAAAAUUUCAUUACUAUUUGUAUUAUUAUUAACUGUUUAACUAUUUAUAUAAAAAUAUUUUAAAAAAUACUAUAAAUAAUUUUGCUUUUCUUUGUACUUCAAAUUAAGAUAAUAUAAUGAAAUCAAAGAACAAUCUAUCCUUUACUAAAUUUAAUCAAGUGCUAUAUAUCUGAAUAUCAUUACUUUUAAUUUGAUACUUUUAUAUGAGAAUCUUUUCAGACAAACUAGAAAUCUAGGAUGUAGAUAAAAUAAAGACGUAAGGAGUGGAAAUGAAAAAUAA